CAAGAUGGUAUCUCCUCCACUGCUUGACGCUGGUUAUUCUUCCCUUCCCGCAGUCUCCCGUUUUAUUCUCCUCCUAUUCCCUCUUCCUUUCUUCACUCCGCUCUGCUCUUCCCUCUCCUCUUCUGUGAUCUUAUCCUUCCCCUUCGAACGAAGAAACCCCAAAGAAUAAAUCCAUGAACAACUCCCUCCGCCUUUCUUCGCUCCGCUCUACCCUUCCCUCUCGUGACUCUCAGAACUUAUCCUUCCCCUUCGAACGAAGAAACCCCAAAAAAUAAAUCCAUAAACAACCUCUCUCUUUCUCUCCAACUUCGAGGUUUCCGGUCGCCAUGGCCGAUGCAGCCGACCUCCAAGACUGGGAAUUGCUCAGCUCCCGCUCCUCCGAAGAUCCCAAGGCCUUCGAGGGCUUAGAUGGCGAUGGCGACUCCUAUGGCGGUGCCAUCGAGUUGGAUUACUUCGCCCUCGACUCCGAAAAUCGCCGCAUCGAGAGGGAGUCCUCGGAGGAGGAGAGCGAAGAAGGCGGCGUUGAUUCCGACAACCCUACUCGGGUCCUUCCCGAUUCGAACUCCAGGGAUAUGGAGCGGUCGAGAGGGGAGGUGGAAUUUAGAGGAAGUGGGUCUCCGGUGAAGAAUUCCGGUGGUUUUUGGUCCGAUGGGUCGUUGGAUUACCGGAGUUCGCUGGCUGAUAGCGAAAGUGGGGAGCUUGGUAAUAGAGGGGGUUCAAUAACCGAAGUCGGGGUUGAAGGAAUCGAGGCUGGGUAUCAGGACUCUAGCGAUGAUGAGAGUGGAAAAGGUUUGGGUUUUGGAGGGAGCAGGCAGAGUCAGGGAAUCGAGACAGGGUAUGAGGAGCAUGGGGUGGAGGACUCUGGUGGAUUGGUGAAGAUGGAAGAUGGCUCGGGUUCCUUCGAGAAUGUACCUAAUAGCGACGGAGAGAAGAGGGUAUUGGCUCGGUGGAAGAUGCCACUGGAUUUCAUUAAAUUUUAUGUUUUUAAGAUGAGGCCGGUUUGGUGGAUCUCCAUAGCUGCUGCAAUUAUGGGGUUUGUUACGCUGGGGAGGAAAUUGUACAAGAUGAAGAACACCAGCCGGACUAUUCAGCUUAAGAUUGCCUUUGAUGACAAGUUACAUGGAGAUGCCAAAGGUGAUGCCUUUGGCCCUGUGGAGCUGUAUUUCUUGCUGAGCACCAUGACCCAGCUGCGUGUAUGUGUGAGCCCCGCUCCCACCGAGCAAGAAGUUAUUCGAUUUGAACCGAUUCCAGCUUCUGCUGCCGGAGAUGACAGCUUGAGGGCUUGCAGUCACAAAAGAAGGAUUCACCUUCCUUCGCAUGAAUCCAUUGUCAGAUCACCCACCAUACGUCAUUCAUUUAUCUGCACAGAUCUCAAUGCAACUGUCGUUCUAUCGAGUCGGCUUACAUGCUUAACACCUGGUCCUUUGUUCGACUGUCAUUCGAGUUGCUGCUUACAUGCUUCUUACAGGAGGCGAAUGUCAUGAAGCACAGGAUUGCACAUCCAUUUUAUGACCUGGUUCUUUCUCUGCGUUUCUCUUUAGGUUUGUGUUCUUAAAAUGUUACAGCUUAGCAACUUACAGGAAGCAAUCAGGUCUGCUGUGACACGACAUGAUGGAUGCUAUCAUAAGUGUCAUGUAUAUGCUUAUUUUGUGGAAUAUUACAUCCUCUGGGAUAAAAAACAGUUUGAACAAUCUUAUUUGUAGCACAUUAUCACCUUUUAAAGAAACCUCUACAUGAAUAUGAAAG